CUGAGGAGUCGUUAGACUCGGACUUGGACUGUACAUAUCGUGAGCAAAAUGCUAAAUCCACAGCCUUUGGAAAAAUCGAUCAUAACCUGCCUGAACAAUUUAAUUGUAUUGCACAGGACUUUUCUGUCGUAGAAUAUCUUGUCAACGUUUCUUGACAAGACUCCGCGUUGUUUUCGAGACCACCAUGUCACAGGUCCCUCGCAGCAGCUGCAUCGCAGUGACAACAGCAACAUAAUGGCAUGUAGGAGUGGUUGCUGCUGCGGCUCCGGUCCAAUAAACGAGGAUAACGCAAGGUUCCUGCUGCUGGCUUUGUUCAUCAUCUUCUAUCUCCUUUGUGGAGCCGCAGUCUUCUCCGCGCUGGAGCAGCCAAAGGAGCGCGAGGCGAAGGAGCGCUGGACGCAGAGGUUCGAGCAUUUCAGUCAGAGUUACAACCUGAGUAAGAAAGACCUGAAUAACUUCCUCAGGAACUACGAGGAGGCGAACGUAGCGGGUAUCCGUGUGGACACAGUCAGACCUCGAUGGGACUUCACAGGCGCUUUUUACUUCGUGGGAACUGUAGUAUCAACCAUUGGGUUUGGGAUGACCACUCCUGCCACCAUUGGAGGAAAAGUCUUCCUGAUGUUCUACGGCCUACUCGGCUGUGCAGCCACCAUCCUCUUCUUCAACCUCUUCCUGGAGCGCGUCAUCACCGUCAUCGCCGUGGUCCUCAAGUCCUGUCACGAACGACGCCAUAACAAAGCUAUGCGGCCUCCAAAUGGCCAACGGGUCUCUGGGGGAAACAGAGCAGGCGGAGCUGGGGGAAGUGGAGGAGGAAAAAAACAGGAUCUGGCUGGCUGGAAGCCUUCGGUCUACUGCGUCAUGCUCAUUCUUGGAGUGGCAGCCAUCUUGGUGUCCUGCUGUGCCUCGCUCAUGUAUUCGGCAGCAGAGGGCUGGGGCUACCUGGACUCGCUCUACUUCUGCUUUGUGGCCUUCAGCACCAUCGGUUUUGGAGACAUGGUGAGCAGCCAGCGGGUCGUCUACGAGGGCCACACCACGGCCGCAUAUCGGCUGGGCAACUUCUUCUUCAUCCUGACCGGCGUCUGCUGCAUCUACUCCCUCUUCAACGUCAUCUCCAUUGUCAUCAAGCAGGUCCUCAACUGGCUGCUGAGGAGGCUGGAGGCCCCUUGCCGCUGCUGUUUGCCCAGUAGGGGUGACCACCCCCACCGGCGACCCCGGCGGAACGUGGUGGCCCCCGGUCACCUACGCGCCCGCAGGGACCCCUCCAUCGAGACAGACGCCAUCAACGAAAGUGAGACUGACACUGGGCGCAGGAUGUCUGGGGAAAUGAUCUCCAUGAGGGAUUUCCUGGCAGCAAACAAGGUGAAUCUGGCCAUUAUGCAGAAGCAGCUUUCGGAGAUGGCCAUCGGGCACCCGCGCCAGUCCAGCUCCAGUUCACGCCAGAACGGGUUCUCAGGAGGGGUGGGCGCCCUUGGCAUCAUGAACAACCGGCUGGCAGAGACUAGCGUUGACAGAUAGGGAAACAGCCUGAAUCCUUUUUUAAAGUUACAAAAGGAUGAAAGAAUGAGACAUGUAGGGACAAAUUGACACUUCCUGGAAAACAGAAGACUUGGGUGGUGUACAAGAUUGAAUUUAUGACUAAUUCAUCUUUUCCAUCGACAAGCAAGUUGGCCUCCAGCAGCAGCAACUUCCCUGUCAAGAACAUGGCUACAUUAAUGAUGCAUGAUAGUUUGCUGGAGUCUCACAUCUGGACCAGGCUCAGUUUGCCGGAAUGUUCUCCCGUGAGGAAGUCAGUUUCCAUGGUAAUGAAAAAAAAAGCCUGCCUAGAGCCCUUGUAUCUAAGCCUUAAAAACAUGAUGCAGUACAUGCUACUUCGCAGCUCAACUUCCACUCAUCCAUCGUACUUCACAAUACUCACGGGUAUACCAACCAAAACCGUGUCUGAUAUGAAAAUAGCUUUAUUCAAAUGGCUGUUUGGUUUCAUGUCUAGUUAUUACAUAAAGCUCUUGGAUGUUUACAGUUAAUGCAGAACGCCUAAUUUUACAAUUAUGGCAAAAUAUAAAUAUGUAUAUCAAUCGCAAUGUCACUCACAUCAUCCGUGACUCAGACACACAUGAUUCACAUACAUAUUAUUUGCCAUUCAAUAGCCUCCCUCUUGGCAUUGCUUUCAUUCAUUAUCAGGACAAACAGAAGACAAAACCCUUCAAAGAACCUCAUUAUGAAACAAACAGACCUAUCUCUGGCUGUAUUGGUGGUGUUCAGGGUCUGAGAUGACACCUGUUAACUUUGGCAUUUGCUGAACAUUAUGCUAACAUUGUUGUUCAGGCCUUUGGGCGGUUGGUGUUGAUAAAUGCAGUGACACAAAUCGCUUCGGGGAUUAUUAUUUGAUUUUAGCUCAGCGGCGUCAGGUUUAUGUUUUACCUGUAGUCUGGAUUCACCGCAGGUGCAGUACACAAAAGGACAAAAGACAGACAUUGUUCAUAACAUGCCGGUGGAGGGACUGAUUUUGGUGGAACCUGCAAGCAGCCAAGCAGGAGGAGGACUCAUGGACACUACAUUAUGCGAGAUGCUACAUUUAGUGAGAUUGUAUUGACAUCUUCAUUCUCUCUGUAAAUGUGUCUGAGAGGAAAUUACAGGGUGAGAAUCCUGCAGGCUUCACCUCUGAUGUCACCAGUUAAACUUUGGUAGAUCCGACUUCAGUGGGUCUGAUUUCCACAGAACAAGAGCAGAGAGACAACCUAGCAAACAUGCAAAGAAAGCAUGUGCUAUAAUAUUUUCGGCAUGGAUUUUUUUUUCAGGAUGACUUCCAAUUGUCGUGAGAAUACUAUAUCUGUGAGACAUCUGUUGCGAAAUCCUUUUCAGUUCGCAGCACAAACAGAAGAAGAAAGUGCGAUUCAGACCACACACGGCAUUAAUGAAACAUAUGCAGAGUGAAGAAUAUAUUCGUAUAAAAAUAAAGAAACACAAUUUAAGGAAGUUUACAUUUCAGCCAUGCAUGCAGCUUUAGCCUCAGUCUUUUCGCACAAUAUCAUGUAGGCCAGUCUUGUUUUUUUUUUAUUGUCUGCUGUAAACAAAGUCAGCCAGAGAAAGCCUUUUCAAACAUUACUCAUUGAGCUUACAUUUAGCCCAGUUAGCUAGCUUGCCAGAAAAAUCCUCAAAUACUGAACUCCAAUAUCCAAUAGAGACAAUCUCCCCUUCAGACAGAAUCAGAAUCUGACACAUUAACUGCAAAGAUGUUGCUUUGCCAUUGCCAUGCACAUGCACGCUGCCCACACACAAACACACACACAAGAUAGCCAAAUAGAGAGAAUAUGUCCGAGAAGCUGUCGCUACACAGAUAAUAAUAGCUUUGUGUACAUGUGUGCACAAGUGCAUGUGUGUGUGGGACAGGAUGGACUCGGACAGAUGCAGACACACAAAGACUCUUUGUUGAAGCUCUUUUCUCAGUCACCGCAACUCCCAAAUAAUUACUGCUGUCCUGCCCACUGUGUUGGAGACAAUUUGAAGCACACUCUAAUGGAAUAGUCAUGUGAGAUUUGACAGUGUGGUUUUAUUCUGCUGUGCUGCAGAGGGGGUCUCAGUUUUACACCGCCAUUCAUGGCUCAGCGGUAAUACACUUCAUAGGUUUUAUUAUUAUGUUCACAAAAGGUGUGAAAACACUGUACCUGAGUAAAGAUUCUGAGAAUAAAUGAAAGUGGACAUAUUGUCCUUAUUAUGACUAUAUGUUACAUAUAAAUUGUAAGAUGCAAUGUUAUAUCUGUUAAGCCCAGUUCAGCUUAGUGACUGUCAAGCAAUGGCUUUGCACACAUACAGACAUGUCUGAGGCAUUAGCUGUAGCACAUACGUAAAUAGUGACAGCCCUGCACAAUUAGCUAAUUAUCAUAAUGACUAAAUUAGAAUGGGUGGAAUGCAUUGUCAAUGUUGUGCGUAUAAUUAUUGAUCAUGUGCAUGAGUGUGACUGGGGAGGGUAAAUAGCAUGCAAAUAGUGUCUGAGAAAACCAAGGCUGUGAGAUUCAGGUGGCACAUGGUGCUUAUCCAAAAUAUGCACAGUGAACACUGCAUUUGUUCCGGGAAAAAAAGACAGUAUUAUUUCUGCAGCUUUAGUCCAUCCUCUUGUUUGAGCACCCAUGUUUGAGACAUUGUGCAAU